AUGCGGGUUCUGGGCUUUUAUGCGGAAGACGCCUUAGCAGGAAGCUAUAAACUUUUCGCCGCAAAUGGCACACCCAUAGCUACUUUCGGUUAUUUCACUUCUUCAGUCGACCUUGGACUUCGACGUAACUUCACAUGGUCAUAUCUCAUCGCCGAUGUAGCAAAGCCAAUAUUAGGUGCAGAUUUUCUCAAUGAAUUUGGCCUCUUAGUUGACAUCAAGAACAAGCAAUUAAUCGAUGCGAAAACUAAGUUACGCACCAAAUGCAAUUCUCAAUUAAUUCAAUAUGAAAGAGUCAACACUAUUGACGACAACUCGAUUUUUAGCGAUUUAUUGCAACAAUUCAAAGAUCUUACGCUUCCCCCUACUUUCAAUAAAGGUAAUAAUCUGAAACAAAGUUCAGUCAAACAUCAGAUUAUUACAAGUGGACAACCAGUCUUCUCCCGUGCUCGGCGUCCUAAUCCAGAAAAGCUAGCAAUAGCAAAAAAGGAAUUCGAACUGAUGAUCAAAGCUGGUAUUUGUCAACCAAGCAAAAGUCCUUGGGCAAGCCCCUGCAUAUGGUUCAAAAAAAGACAGGACAGUGGCGCCUUUGUGGCGAUUAUCGCAUGCUCAAUGCUAUCACCACGCCUGAUCGAUACCCUUUACCUCACAUUCAAGACUUGA